AUGUCACUGUCAGUGGACUUUGGCCUAGCUACCCCACCGAGACCACAAACCCGCCAAAACCGAACCCCUACAGAACAGGAAAUGUUCGAUCUUGAACUCCAAAGGAUCGAUCAUGACCGUUUCAAUCUUCCAUAUGCUACCCAUCUCAUUGGCUCCUCGGUCGCUGGAAUUCGAAAAGUCAUUACGCAGAAGUAUGAAGAUACUAAGCACGGCACCCAGUAUUUGAAGUUCAGUAAUGUUCCGCCAAGUAUUGCUUCAAAUUACAUAUCCAAAGGCUGCCGCCAGUCGUACGACGCCUCGUCGCGAAUUUUAAUCAUUACGAUCCCCGGGCGAAUUCAUGAUUCGGCAGCUCCACACUUUGCCUUUGCGCUCCAAACGGCCAUAGUUGAGGCAAAUUUGGAGGAUGAGACCCAAGCAACAGGCUCGGGUCGCGUGAAAGGGAAUAUGUGCUAUAAAGAACCAGAUGGCUCAUGGAUCCCGUCAACUCCUCCUCCAACCGACGAUACAUGGCCUUCUGUUGUAGCGGAAGUUGCAUACUCUGAAUCAUCGCGAAGACUCCAUCUUGACGCUAGCUGGUGGCUUGCCAACUCCCAGGGGGAGGUGAAAGUCGUGAUUCUGAUUUUUGUUGACCAAGAACGAGCGAAUAUCACUUUCGAGAGCAUCAUCAAUUCGCAACCGAUCAUAACUCUGCGCAAUGGCCGGCCUCGAUUUCAGCCAGUUACACGCCAAAAAAUUGAGGUUUCACGUCCUCCCGGCGGCUCAACAAUGCCAGUCAGUUGUGUGCCGGCCGAACCUCUGCAUGUAUCUUGCGAAGAACUACUCCGCCGUGCGCCCGUUCCGCCAGAAACUGACGCCGAUAUCCCGGUACAAUCACUGAUCAAAGUCGCAACAAAGAUAUGGAACAUCCAGCAUGUGUAG